ACUGUGGGGUAUCUUCAAAGAGCGGAAAAUUUAGUCUUUGGGUUCGAUUCCCAAUACACUGUUUUUUAGUAUAUGUGCAAUCAAAUUGUCAAGUUUGGAUUAAAUCCGUGUCGGAUAAUCCAUGAUAUAAGGAAGGAACUUUUAAAUUUUAAAGAAUCUUUGCAAGAAGCAACAUGUUAAUCAGAUUGAAGAUCAUGGAAUCGGGUAAAGAUUAAGGAUUACAAAAUAACAGUCCCAGUCUCCCAACGCUCUCGUCUAAAUCUAAACAAUAGUAUGAAACAAUAUUGAAACAAAGCAAAGAAAAGAUUUUACGUUUUAUUAGUUGACUAAGUUGAGGGAAGCUUAGUACUUUCCCGUGUUUCAAAAAAUUCAUUAAACUACGGUGAAGUAAACAUAUUAAAAUGGCUCUUGAAAAUACGGUCCAAUUAUCCGAGAAAUACGAAGCAGUUAUGGUUCUCAGUGGAGUGGGGAUGCUCUAGGUUAUAAGAAUGGUUUGUGGGAAUUCUGUUACAGUGGUACUCAAAUUCAUGAAGAACUAGAAAAACUCGGAGGACUUGAUAAAAUUGACAUUAAAGGAUGGAGGGUUAGUGACGACACUGUACUACACAUUGCUACAGCAGAAGCGUUGGUUUCUGAAUGGACAACAACGGAAGAGUUAUUGAGCAUUAUGGCUACAAAGUACAAGAAGACAUGUGCUGAGGAUAUGUGGGAAAGAGCUCCUGGGCAGACCACAACAAAGGCAUGUUUCAUGUUACAACCUCUUGAGGAAAAAGGUUACAUUAUACCAUUUAAUGAACGAGGUGGAGGAUGUGGUGCAGCUAUGAGAUCCAUGUGUAUAGGUUUGAUGUUUCCUUGUGAAGAUCAAAUUGAAAUGUUAAUUGAAAUUGCUGUUGAAAGUGGAAGGAUGACUCAUAAUCACCCCACAGGUUAUCUUGGGGCUGUUACUGCAGCUUUAUUUACAGCCUAUGCUAUACAGAAGAUGGCUCCAAAAAAAUGGGAGCAGGACUUUUAAGUGUUUUACACAAAGUUUGGGAAUACAUUGAGAAGGUUGGUCAUGAUAUAGAAGAAAACAAGAAAUCUUGGGGCUACUUUAAAAACAGUUGGGAGUCAUAUCUUCAACUACGGGAAUUAAUGAGUAGAACCAGUGAACCAAAGUUUCCAGUGACAUAUAACAUACCUGAACGUGAUGCUUUUUAAAGAUCUGUCAGUUAUGCAGGUUGGGUUGGAUCCAGUGGUCAUGAUGCACAAAUGAUUGCUUACGAUGCUUUGAUGAUGGCAAAAGAUUCCUGGUUUCAAUUGUGCUCUUGUUCAAUGUUUCAUGGCGGGCAAAGUGACAGCACAGG